AGUGAAAGGAAAAAGGGUUCGCUUAUUUUGGUAAUUCGCGACGAGCAUGCAUGUUCGCGGAUCGUCCUAGCGAUUUUUAAUCCUAAUUUAAAUGGGAAUUUAGCCGUAAGUUUUAACUAAAAUCUGUGCCAACGAUGAAACGGAAGGACAAAUUUGAAAGUGAAACCGGAUUCGAAGGAUGGGGCGAUUACAUGGGCGCGAAGAUCUCCAAACUGGAAGAUCAAUUCCGCCACUCGGCAGCCGCUUUAUCGGAGCGUUUGUCUAAUCUGUUCGAGGGAAUUUCGGUCUUCGUCAAUGGGUACACCAAACCCUCGGCAGACGAGCUGAAGCGCAUGAUGAUGCAGCAUGGAGGCAUUUUUCAUCACUACAAGCGACCCACGACGACUUAUAUUAUUGCCUCCAAUCUGCCGGACGUCAAGGUGAAGUCCAUUACCUCGGAGAUCAUUAUUAGUCCCCAGUGGGUGGUGGAUUGCGUGGAGCAGAAGCGGCUGUUGGAUUAUAAGAAGUAUCUGCUUUAUACCAACCAGAAAGCUUCGCAGCCUAAGCUCGCUUUUGGGAAGUUGGACAGGAAUGUUGACAUUCAAAAGCCAGUGACAAAACCUGACAACGAUAUAAGCAAUGAUGACUAUAAAAAUUUGAUGAGUAAAUUGCAUAUUCUAAAUGAGCAAAUCAAAGAGUCAGGUGGGAUCGAUACUCAGAAAAAGAACGAAGUUCCUAAACAUGCAAAUGAUUCUGGAGGAAUAGAAAAUGUCACAACUAACACGCAGAACUUGGAACAAGUUCAACAAGAGCCCGUAGCGAAAUCUCCGGAAAUUUACAAUGAAGGUGAAUCGGGUGAAGCCUCUCAAAGCAAUGUCGCACCCUCUUCGAACCUUACGGUAGUUCCUAACGCUCAACCAAAAGUUUCUCCACAAAGAUCUCUGAACGCCACCGAUCCCAACUUUCUGACUGAAUUUUUCAAUAAAUCCCGCUUGCACCACAUCGCAACCCUAGGAGCAGGUUUUAAGCAAUACAUUUCGGAGCUGAGAGAAACCCACGACGGAACUUUUCCGGAUCGAGACAAUCUCAGAUCCCUGAAAACCUCCAGCGACGAGUUCGGAUCAACCGGCCCCUUCGUGAUGCACAUCGAUAUGGAUUGUUUCUUCGUAUCGGUCGGGCUGCUCAAAUAUCCCCACCUUCGGGGUCAACCAGUGGCCGUGACCCACAGCAAGGGAUCCGACGCGGGAAAAGUUCAAUCGCGCCCGGGUCAAAAUCGAUCCCUGGAAAUCGAACUUUACCAAAAGCGACUAGAAGAUCGCUACAAAACGCCGGACAUUCCGUACCAGUCGCGGCUGCUCAAUAUCGACGAUAACAAUUCGAUGUCCGAGAUCGCUUCCUGCAGCUACGAAGCCCGAAAGGCUGGCGUUAAGAAUGGGAUGUUCGUGGGGUCGGCCCUCAAAUUGUGUCCCAAGCUGAAAACCAUCCCGUAUGAUUUCGAGGGCUAUCGGGAGGUGGCGUUCACGCUUUACAAUACCAUUGCCAAGUACACCCUGAACAUCGAAGCGGUAAGCUGCGACGAAAUGUUCGUGGACCUCAGUGACCUAAUUUCCUCGGCCGGAAUCGACGUAAUGGAUUUCGUAAGCUUCGUACGGGACGAAAUCAAGUCCCAAACCGGUUGUCCCUGUUCGGCCGGGGUUGGUGCCAAUCGGCUGCAGGCUCGCAUGGCAACGAAGAAGGCUAAACCGGAUGGGCAGUUUUAUUUGAGCCCGGAAAGUGUCGUGGAAUAUAUGCGAGAUGUUCCGAUUGGUGAUUUGCCUGGGGUUGGUCCGAGUACUACCUACCGAUUGAAGCAGCUGUCCUGGAAUACUUGUGGCGAUUUGCAGCGGGUUUCCACGUUUAUUCUGCAACGGGAGUUCGGGAAAAAGUUUGGGGAUACGAUUUAUCACGCCUGUCGAGGGAUCGAUGAGAGGCCGUUGGUUUAUGAGCAGGUGAGGAAGUCGGUUUCGGUGGACGUGAACUAUGGGAUAAGAUUCAAGGAUAAUGUGGAGGUUGAAACGUUUAUGAAGCAACUUGCUGCAGAGAUCCACAAAAGACUCGUAGAGAUCAAGCGUAGGGGGAAGUUGAUAACGGUCAAACUUUUGAUCCGAUCGCCGAAUGCGCCUGUUGAAACUGCCAAGUACAUGGGUCAUGGACUCUGUGACGUAGUCACGAAGUCCUGUCCUUUGGCAGAUUUCACAAACGAUCUGGAGGUUAUCGAAAAGACCAUUCUUUCUCUUAUGAAUCAUGUAGCGGCUCCUGCUCAUGAACUUCGAGGAAUCGGAUUGCAGAUUUCCAAACUAGAAGAUAAAAAGUGUGUAGCAGAACCUAAGAAUUCGCUAAAGAGCAUGUUUCAAAAAGUUGAAGCAAGGAAGGAGAUUUUUAAGGAAGCAGAUGUAUCAAAUGAAAUUUUGAGUAAACCACCGACUACAGAACUUAAAAAUUCGCUCAAAACCAUGUUUGAAAAAGUUGAAGCACGAAAAGAGAUAUUUAAAGAAACAGCUGUUCUGUAUAACACAUCGACUGAAGCACCGACUGAACCUGUUACAGAUGUUCCACAAACGACUACUGAUACGACUGCUCAAGAGAAGGAGGAAACUCUCCCAAUUUUAAUUCCAUCAAACUUGCCAUUGGCUUCGCCAAAUAAAAACCAAAUGUCGAAACUACAAGUAACACCGACUAAAAUAGUAACGAUCUCCGUACCAAACCCACCAACUGCUCCUUCGACCCCGAAGAAACAGGAUGUCUCCAAAAAACCUGGCCCUAGAGUUGGUAGAGGACGAGGCCGUCCUCCCAAAUCCCUAACCAUGAAUAAAUCCAAACAAACCAUAAACAUUACUCACUAUCUAAAAGAGCGUCAAGUUGAACCGAAGAAAAAAGAACCGGAAAUACCGGCAGGACUUGACCCCGAAGUACUAGCGGCUCUCCCAGACGACAUCAGACACGAGGUCAUCAAUGAUUACAAACUACAAAACAAAUCUAAUAACCAAAAAUCGGAAGUUCCUUCAAAGCGCGUUCCUUCUCCCCAACCAUCCACAUCUACGGCGCAUUUGUCCGUAGAAAACUCCUGUUCCUCAAAGCGAGCGAACAACAUGCCAGAGAAAAUAAACGUGGAUCUCAAAUUUCUUGAAGCUCUCCCACCGGAUCUACGCCAAGAGGUGGAAAAACAAAUCGAGAUGCAGCGAGAAACCAUGAUCAUUACCAGUGACGAACCGGAAUUCUCCGAAACCCUUCAGGUUACCCCCGAAUCAAGCCCUGUCAAAGAAAUCCCUGCAAAUGUACAAAAUGGGGGUCCAAAAGUUCCGCCUCGCUGCCGGCUGCAGGAACCCGAAUCCGACGAAUCAGACCAGCAACCGGACAACAUUCUGCUGCGGCUCGAGUGGCGUAACAUGUUGCGGUCCUGGCUGAACAGCACCGAGGAACCGCAACCAGUCGAUAUCGAGCUGAUCGGGGUCAACGCCCAGGAGCUGAUCGAGCAGAAGAAGCUCAACGAAAUCUACCUGUGCUUGAGGUUCCUGUUUCGGGUUAUCGAAGAGCGGGGUCUAUGUGCCUGGCAUCAGGCAUACUUCCGGAUCGUGCAUGCUGCCCAGAUACGGAUGCGGGAAAUCUAUGGCACCAAGCUGGUGGUGCGGGAUGGGUUCGGGUGUGGCGGACCGGGGUGUUGCAAUAUUGCCCUGUGAGUGGCGGCAUUGUUUAGUUGAUUUAUUGUUGAACUUUUUUAUUUUUUUUAAUGUUAUUUUAUGAUAGAGGAAAUUUUAUGAAUAGCACUCGGGCUGACUUUGUUUUUGGGCAUCCGAAACCUUCCGAAUAUUAGAGCAUCCUGGAUUUUUUUUUUCACAUACACGAACUGUGUAAAAAAAACCACGAAAAAAUCGUGUUAACAUGCGAGAAUUAAUUCCCGAAAAUCGUGUUGAAAAACCAUGAAAAAAAACCUGGUUAUUCCGAUACUCUGAAAUUUAAGACAGCAUGUAACUAAACUUACUUACCUACUUACUUAAUGAUCCCGCGCCGAUCCUGCGGUGCAUAGGGCCGUGGUAAAAGACCUCCACUGUUGACGAUCCGGAGUCAGCGUCUUACCUGGUUCCAGUCAAGAUUCUCGUCGACAGUUCGGAUUUCAGCGGCUAGGCUUCGCCGCCAUGCGAGUUUCUGGGUCUGCCUCUUCUUCGAUGUCCUUCUGGAUACCAAUCUAGGGCCUCUCUGCAAAUAUCAUUUUCAUCUUUCCGCAGUGUAUGCCCAAUCCAUCUCCACUUACGUUCCCGAAUCUCGAUUUCUAGCGCCCUUUGAUGACACCGGCGAUGUAGUUCCUCAUUCGAGAUCCAGUUGCCAGACCACUAAGCGCGGAUGAUAUUCCGCAGGCAGCGGUUUAUAAAUACUUGCAGUUUUCGCGUCGUUACCGCAUAUGUGCACCAAGUUUCGCACCCGUACAGAAAUACGGAUUUGACGUUUGAGUUGAAAAUUCGGAUCUUAGUUCGUAGAGAGAUCUGGCGUGACCGCCAGAUGUUUCGGAGACUCGCAAACGCAAAUCGGGCCUUUCUGAUCCGGGUUUCGUUGUCUUUCCUGGUACCACCAUCAGGUGUUAUCUGGCUACCAAGAUACUGGAAGCACUCCACUUUCUCAACCUGUUGCCCAGCUAUCAUGAAACUGGAGGGAUUUCCUGUGUUGAUAUCCAUCGACUUGGUCUUUCUGACAUUGACUUUGAGACCUGCUGCCUUGGAACUUUCGGUGAGGUCGUCGGGUUUGCUCUGCAUAUCCGGUUGUGUUUGGGCGAGCGAAACAAUAUCAUCAGCCAGGUCAAGGUCGUUCAGUUGCUCCAAUGUUGAAGGAUUCCACGGCAAUCCUCGGUUCGGUGCUCAGUCGAUCGAUCCAGUCAGAAUCUCAUCCAUUACGAUGAGAAAAAGUAGUGGGGAUAAGAUACAUCCCUGUCUCAUUCCAGCAGUUACCGGGAUUGGUUCGGACAAGACACCAUCGUGCAAAACCUUGCACGAAAAUGUCUCGUAUUGUGCUUCGAUGAGAUGGACUAGUUUCUCUGGUACUCCUCUUCGCCUUAGAGCCGCCCAAAUGUUUUCAUGGUUAAGUCGGUCGAAUGCUUUUUCGAAAUCAACGAACACCAGCAGAAGAGAGUCCUGGAUUUCAUUGAUUUGUUCCAGUAUGAUUCGUAGCGCUGUGAUAUGGUCCACACAUGAUCGUCCGGAUCGGAAUCCAGCUUGUUGCCGUCGGAGUGUAGCGUCGAUUUUCUCUUGGAUCCUGUUCAGGAUCACUUUGUAGAGUACUUUGAGGGCUGUACAGAUCAACGUUAUGCCUCGCCAGUUACCGCACUCUGUCAGGUCUCCUUUUUUCGGGACGUUUAUGAGGAUACCCUGCAUCCAGUCAGCCAGGAAUGUUGCAGUAUCCCAGAUAUCAGCGAAAAGACGGUGCAACAUUUGAGCUGACAGGGCAGGGUCAGCUUUCAGCAUUUCAGCAGGAAUGCAAUCGAUCCCAGGUGCUUUGAUGGAUUUCAUGUUUUUGAUUGCCGCUUCUAUUUCAGCCAACGAGGGCGCUUCCGAGUUGACGUAUUUAUGCGGCUUACUGUUGGCGCUUCGAGCUGCGAGUUCUAUUGGCCAUCGCUAUUCGUGACUCGGAAGAGUUGUUCAAAGUGCUCAGUCCAUCGUUUGAGCUGAUCUGUUCGAUCGGUCAAUAACUGAUCUGCUCGGUCUUUCAGCGGCAUUUUUGCACUAAUCCUUGCACCACUGAGGCGGCGAGAAAUGUCAUAUAGUAAUCGGAUAUCUCCAUUGGCGGCGGCUCUUUCUCCCUCUUCGGCUAGGGAGUUUGUCCAGGCUCUCUUGUCUGGUCUACAAGCUCGUUUAACUGCCUUUUCCAGCUCCUCAUAACGUAAGCGAGCGGCUGCUUUGGCUGACCCGGCACAUGCCUGCUCAAUUCCGACUUUCGCCUUUCUCCGAUCAUCGACCAUCCUCCAAGUUUUAUCCGACAUCCAUUCACUUCUUCUUCCACAAACUUUACCGAGAGUACCAUGGCUUAUCGCGAUAAAGGCAUUCUUGAUUCCACACCACUGUUCUUGGACUGUUCCGUCUGUCGGCAAUUCCGAGGCUCGGGAUUCUAGCUGUUCAACAUAUGCCCUUUUCACCUCUGGAUUCUCCAACCGGCGGACGUCGUAUCGACACCCGACUUUCUUCUCGCGCCGUUGGACACCCGCAACUCUCAGUCGUAUCUCGCCAAGAACGAGGUGAUGGUCAGAUGCAAUGUCUGCGCUUCGUUUAUUGCGGACAUCAAGAAGACUUUUUCUCCAUUUUCGGCUGAUGCAAAUGUGUUCAAUUUGAUUUUCCGUUCGGCCAUCUUGGGGUACCCAAGUGACCUUAUGUGCUGGUCGAUGGGGGAAGAGCGAUCCACCGAUCACCAUGUUGUUGUUGCCACAAAAUUCUACAAACAGCUCUCCGUUUUCGCUCAUCUGUCGUAGGCCAUGGCGCCCGCUCAAGGUCUUGAUUGUCGGAGCCAAUCUUUGCGUUAAAGUCGCCCAAAUGGAUUUGAAUGUCACCCUUCGGAAUUUUCUCCACCACGCUGUUCAGUUGACUGUAGAACUGCUCUUUCUCCUGCAAAUCGGCAACGUCAGUUAGCGCAUAACACUGGACCAUUGUAAGGUUUCUAACCCGUGUUCUAAAUCUGGCUACGAUUAUUCUUUCGUUUAUCGGUUCCCAUCUAAUGAGGGCUGCGUAGGCCUGUGGGCUUAACAGGAAACCAACUCGUCGUUCCCGAGUAGCAUGUUCUCCUCGUAUGCCAGAGUAAAGCAGGACUUGCCCGGAUUGUGUCUUGUGUUUUCCAGUAUUUUGCAACCAUAUUUUGUCAGCAUCUUCUCAUAGCGCUUCCGUGCCCGAGUUUUAGCCGUCGAUUGUUGCCGCUCAUCGCGGUUUGGGAAGUUCUGUACCUUGUAUGUAUGUAGUUUUGCUCUCUUCUUUGCAUUCUGAACGUAGCUCUGCGACAUGCCGAUCUUUUUAGCCAAAUCACGGCUUGAGAUGUUGGGAUUUGCUUUAAUCAUCCGCUUCACCUUUCCUGUUGCGGUAUAACCUCACAACAGGGGUUUAAUUUGGACGAAGUAAAAACACUCCUUUUCAGCAGAUUCAAUCAGCUUAAAAGCUGUAAACAAAUUUUAUUUUAAGUGUUUUUUUUAAAGGAUGUAUAAAGGAAAAUCUGUGUAAACUUACAUUAAAGUGUCCUUAUCAAAUUCACAAACUCUUCAAAUGUUA